AUGACAAUUUGGAAAAAAACUGACAGCCGAACAAAACUUGGCGUUGCUAUAUACAACUUCCACAACAAUGACGAACACAAAAUAUCACUGGACAUUGGAGACACUGUUCAGAUUCUGGAGGAAACGGAUGAGUGGUUUAGAGGAUUUGCUAUUAAGAACAAGACAAAAAAAGGAAUUUUCCCCCGUAACUACAUUGCUCUGAAAGAAGCCUCUGUGCACGUCAGUGGGGCACAUGAAACAGUAACAAGCACAGAGCAUCCUCUAAUUACAGAACUCACAAAUGUCCUCAGGGAAUGGCAUGCCAUAUGGAGACAGAUGUAUGUGGAGCGAAACCCACUGCUAGAACAGGUCCAAGAGAUGAUAGGAGAAUUGGUAGAGAGGAGAAAAAAAAUACUGGCUCGAAUCUUCACUGUAGAUGAACUCAAAGAAGUUCAGCAGAAGGUCACAUCACUCAUUGAUCAGGGUAAUGCACUGCUGAAGCUAGAUCUGGUUGUUAGAGAUGAACAAGGCAAUAUCCUCAACCCAGAUCAGACUAGUAUUGUUGAACUGUACAAAAGUCACGUGGAAGCUGCUGAGAGAAUUCAUAGAGAAACACAUAAAAGGGACAGUGACAUAGAAACAAGACCUAACUGGCCAUCUUCGUUCAAUCUCUAUGUCAUGCUGAGAAACUUUGUCUGUAAAAUUGGUGAAGAUUCAGAUAUCAUCAUGAAUUUGUUCGAUACCAGAGAGGAAAAGUUUAUCAGUGAGAACUAUGUGGUCAAAUGGGGCAAACAAGGUGUGCCAAAGGAUAUUGACAUGUUAAAUAAUUUCAGAGUUGUCUUCACAGAUCUAGGAUCAAAAGACAGGAUGAGAGAAAAGGUGUAUCUUGUCUUCCAGAUUGUCAGAAUAGGUGUCAUGGAUCCAAAGUACGUUGACAAUAAAAAACAAACUCAAGGAAUAAGAAGGCCCUAUGGAGUUGCAGUAAUGGAUAUUACAGAUUUCAUGCAAGGAACCAAGACAAGCUCAGAAGAUUUUCAGCAUUUUAUACCAUUCCAACAUUGUGGUGAAGAAUUCAUGUACACUGUUAUCAAAAAAGUUAUUGCUGCAAAGGAUAUCAAUCACAGAGGACAGGGUCUCUGGGUCUCCCUGAAGAUUUUGCAUGGAGACAUGAAGCAAGUGAAAGAAACCUAUCCCCACCUGGUGUUGCCUGGUACAGCAAUAGCACGCAAGAUGGGUUUCCCAGAUGUUAUAAUGCCAGGUGAUGUCCGCAAUGACAUCUAUUUGACAGUGAUGCAAGGUGAGUUUACCAAAGGACCAGGAAAAACUACAGACAAGAAUGUGGAAGUCACCAUGUGUGUUUGUGACAGUAAAGGAGAAAGUAUGCAGGAUGUUGUUAGCUAUGGCUGCAUUGACCAGCCAAGUUCUGAAUACCGGUCUAUUGUCUAUUACCAUGAGGAUAAACCAAAGUGGUUUGAAACAGUGAAAGUUGCUGUCUCAACUGAUGUGGAAUUCAAAGGACUUCAUUUAAAAUUUCUGUUUCGGCACAGGUCUUCAGCGGAAGCAAAAGAUCGCUCAGAAAAGCCAUUUGCCAUGUCAUUUGUGAGAAUAAUGAAUGAUAACGGAACAACACUGGAGGAUCAGAUCCAUGACCUUCUAGUCUACAAGGUAGAGAGUAAGAAACAUGAUGAUGCUGCCACUUAUCUGAAGUUACCAUGUAGCAGACAUGAGCUGGAACAGUUUGGCAACUCAAACCACAAACAAACAGGAGGACUAACUCUCAGCACAAAGGAUUCUUUCUCUGUUUACUCAUAUGUCUGCUCGACAAAGCUCACACAUAAUGUUGAUCUGCUUGGUUUGCUUAAGUGGCAUGAAGUUUUGGAUGACACAAAGGCACUGAAAACUUACUUAGAACAUCUCAUGAAAGAGGAGGGUGAAGAAAUUGUCAAGUUUUUGCAAGACCUUUUGGACUCUUUGUUCAACAUUCUCAUGCAGCACAACAAUAAUGAACUAUGUGACAACCUGGUGUUUGAUGCACUGGUCUACAUAAUAGUACUAAUUUCUGAUCGCAAAUACCACCAGUUUCGCCCUGUGCUGGAUGCAUAUAUCGAUACUGCCUUCAGUUUUGCAAUGGCAUACAAUAAACUGAUGGUAAUCUUGAAAGAUUAUGUGGACAAGGCAAGUGAGAAGUGCCCCCAGAGUGAAACUUCAUUGCUGCCGGCCAUAAAAUCUCUUGAAUACAUUUUUAAGUUCAUCAUCAGAUCGAGAUGUCUCUUUGCAAUGUUGAAUGAGGGUCGGGGCAAGCAGCAGUUUGAGAUCUCAUUAAAACAGCUUAUCACUGCAAUCUCUAACAUGAUGGUCUACAAAACAGAUCAGACCCUGUUGGUACAGGGUGCUGCCUUGAAAUACAUGAGUACCAUUAUUGGUGAUGUUAUGAGAGUGUUUGAUCCCACAGAACUUAGUCAUCUGCUCGUUCAGUUCAUUGGGAAUGUUCCACCCGAGCGACUCACAAAGCAAAAGAUGAAGUGCAUUGAUCAGAUCAUCCAGACCGACCUCUUCAGUUUACCUCAUUGUCGAGCAAUUUUGCUGCCUCCUUUUCUGCAACAUACUCAUAAUUUAAUGGAAAACUCAGAGGAGAUGGAAGACUGCAUAUCAAUCCUCAGUCACAUUAUGGACAGACUCUGGACAUGCAAAGAUUCCAGAGAUCUGGAUAUUGCUAUUCUCAUGGAGAAGAUUUUACGAACAGUCAUUCAGGCAGUCAUUAAAAUGGAUCAGUCAUCAAAACAAGUGGGCAACUGUGUGAGUGUGAUGAUCAGUCUCCUGCGGCAGAUGACAGACAGCCAUUACCGAGCCUACAUCCAGAGUUUCCCCACCAGCUUUGAUUUGAUGGACUUCCUCAUGGAGAUUCUCUGUGUGUUUCAAGAUAUGGUCCACAGAAAUGUCUACCCUUCAGACUGGCUGGAGAUGAUCAUGAUCCAGAACUGCACCAUCUUAAGAGCAUUAAGAUUCUUUGCAACAACCAUUCAUGAAUGCUUCUCCACACCAUUUGAGCAGCAGCUAUGGAACAACUUUUUCCACUGUGCCAUUGCCUUCCUGACACAAGACAGUCUUCAGCUGGACAACUUCUCGCAGUCCAAGAGAAAUAAAAUUAUUUCCAGAUACAAAGAUAUGAGACGAGAAACUGGCUUUGAAAUUCGUUCAAUGUGGUUCAAAUUAGGACCAAACAAAAUCAAGUUCAUCCCUCAGCUUGUAGGACCAAUUUUAGAGAUGACUCUCAUACCUGAGGCAGAGUUGAGAAAAGCCACCAUUCCUAUCUUCUUUGACAUGAUGGUCCAUGAAUUCAAUCAGCCUAUUCCGAAUUCUAAUCAUAUUCAAGGCAAUUUCCAUGAGUUUGAGAAUGAAAUGAUUACUAAGCUGGACACUCUGAUAGAAGGAGGACGAGGAGACGAGCAGUACAUGGAACUCUUUACAGAAAUCAUGGAACAUUUGUGUGAAGGCAAUGUUUCGAUUCGUGAUCAAGGCUUAACAUUUGUGAAAACCAUCUAUGACUUACUGGAGAGAUUGCUUGUCUAUAGAACCAUCAUGCAGGAUGAAGUUCGGGAACAUCGUAUGAGCUGUAUUGUCAACUUGCUGGACUUCUACCAUGAAAUCAAUAGACAAGAGAUGUACAUUCGUUACCUGCACAAACUGUGUGACUUGCACUUGGGAUGUGACAAUUACACCGAGGCUGCCUACACACUCAUUCUGUACGCCAGGCUGCUACAG